GAUGCGCGUCUGCUGCUCGUAGAAUACACACACACAACGCCAAGCAGUCAAGCAGCCAGCCCAAGGAGAGCGGCGACCGAGUCGGCAGCAAUGGCGGACCUCGCGGUGGGCUUGGCCAAAUCGGUGGUGGAGGGGGCGUUGACCAAGGCCCAGUCGGCCAUCGAGGAGGACUCCAAGCUGCGGCAGAGCGCGCAGCGCGACCUCGUGUUCAUCACUGGCGAGUUCCAGAUGAUGCAGUCCUUUCUGAAGCUCGCCGACGACGAGCGCACCAGGAACAUCGUGGUCAGGACCUGGGUGCGGCAGAUCCGGGAGCUCGCCUACGACGUGGAGGACUGCAUCGAGUUCGUCCUCCACCUCGACAAGAAGUCCCAGUGGUGGCGCCGCCUGCUCCCGCCCUUCGUGUCGGCCGCCAGGCAGCCGCUCGACGAGGCCAUCGCCGAGAUACGGCAGCUCAAGAUCCGGGUGGAGGACGUGAGCUCCAGGAACGCGCGCUACAGCCUCAUCAGCGACUCCGGCUCCAAGCCCGUCGUCGUGCAUCAGCAGCCGCCGUCGGCCGCCCGCGCCGCGAUGGGCGCCACGGCGUUCCACAUGCUCGUCGAGGCGACGGACAUCACGAAGCGGCAGCAUGGGGAUCUCACCCAGCUCAUCACCAAGAAAGACGGCGGCCUCCAGGUGGUCUCCGUGUGGGGGACGGGCGGCGACCUCGGGACGACGUCCAUCAUCAGGAAGGCCUACAGCGACCCGGAGAGCUGCCAGAACUUCGCCUGCCGCGCGUGGGUGAAGCUCGCGCAUCCUUUCAAUCCCCACGACUUCAUCCGGGGAUUGACGGCGCAGUUCUACGCAAACACUUGCCAAGAGUUACACGAAGAGGCACUCAGAGGCGUCCUGACGAGGUCGGAGGCCACCCAAGACGAUUACCUCAAGGAGUUCGUGCGGCAAGUCAACGAUGUGAGGUAUCUCAUCGUCUUGGAAGACCUGUCCACCAUGGCUGAGUGGGAUGCUAUCAGGACUUUUCUUCCUGACAAGAAGAAUGGCAGCUGGAUCAUCGUGUCCACGCAGCAGUUUGAAAUUGCAAGCUUGUGCGUGGGUCAUUCGUACCAAGUAUUGGAGCUGAAGCAGUUCUCUGCUGACCACUCGGUUUAUGCCUUCAGAGAGGGAUCUCAAGGUGAUAGAGAGAAAGCAGAGGAGAGACCAGCAGAGCAAGGAGUGAGCUCUGAAAAUAUACUCACCUGUAAAAAUAGUGCAGCCACCGAAUGGAUGCAAGAGUACCCGAUCAUUGGACGUGAGUCAGAAAUGAAUGAGCUUCGUCAACAUACAACAUUUGCACGUUUUCACUCUUUUCAAGUUAUAUCUGUUUGGGGAAUAGCUGGUGUUGGGAAAUCAGCUCUCGUAAGAAACUUGUUCUGUGAUAGAAUUCUUGCCAAUGGCCUAUUUGUUAAGUAUGGUUGGGUGGAUGUAUCUCAUCCAUUCAAUUUAAGGGACUUCUCUCGGAGCUUACUUUUGGGUUUUCAUUCUGAAUCACUUCAAGCCAAUGAGACUAUUAACCGUGGAACGAUCAGAUUCGAAAACCCCAUUCAAGAGUGUCGUGAUCUUCUGGAACACCAUCAUUGCCUUGUUGUUAUUGAUGAUCUGCAGUCCAAGAAAGAAUGGGACUUGAUAAAAGCUGCCUUAUUGCCUAGAUCCUCUAAAAAAAGUGUUAUCAUUGCCAUUACGUCAGAAGCAAGCAUUGCCACAUGUUGCGCGGACAAGGAAGAGCUCAUAUUUAAUGUCAAAGGUCUUCAAGCUGAUGCAGCGUCUAGUCUCUUCCACCAAGAGGUACAAAGGAAGAACCCAGACUCCUCUCUGAAGGAUCUCAGAGAAGAAGAAGCAGCUAAACUACAUGAACUUAUUCUCAAGUGUGGCGGGCUUCCACAAGUAAUAGUUGAAAUAGCUGGCAUAUUGGCAAAGAAGACUGUCACACUAAUGGAUACGGUAGGUUCUACCAAUGACAGGUUCAUGCACACAUUGGAGAACAAUCCAGAGUACGACAGUCUACAGGGCCUAUUCAGUUGGAUGUAUUCCUACUUCCGCAGUUGCCCAGAUUCCCUUAAGCCAUGCAUCUUCUACAUGUCACUUUUCCCCCGAGAUCAGAGCCCCCGGCGGAGACGUGUUGUGAGGAGGUGGGUCGCGGAGGGCUACUCCAGGGACAGCGAAGACAAUUCUGCAGAGCAAAAUGGGGAGAAGUUCUUCUCCAAUCUCCUUGACCUGAGUAUUAUCCAGCAUCCACCUCAGUUAGUCACCGCUACUUCAGGAGAUAGAAGGAUGAUCUCGUGCCGCGUCAAUGGUUUCAUCCGGGAGUACAUCGUCUCGCGGCGGAUGGAAGAGAACCUUGUCUUUGAGCUGGAGGGUUGUUGUGAGAUAACCACACAACGCACGGGACGUCACCUUAUCAUAAGGGAGAGCUGGGACAGAGACAAGAUUGUGUUCGAGAGCAUGGACUUCUCCAAGCUACGGUCACUGACGGUGUUUGGGAAGUGGAGACAAUUUUUCGUCUCUGAAAGCAUGAAGCUGCUCUGGGUGCUCGACCUGGAGGAUUCAUUGGAUGUACAGGAUGCCGAUCUCGAGAAGAUGCUAAAGCUGCUGCGUCGUCUCAAGUUCCUCUCGCUGCGAGGAUGCCGUGAGAUUCACCAUUUGCCAAGUUCAGUAGGUGAUCUGAGGCAGCUCCAGACUCUGGAUAUCAGACACACAUUGAUUGUGAACCUACCAGGGAACAUCAAAAAGCUACAGAAGCUGCAGUACAUCCGUGCCGGCACCUCUAUCCAGGCACAGGAAUCAUCAACACCAUGUCUUUCAGUACCAAAGUUCUGCGGACGUCACCGCCAAUUUGGUGUUAUGGUUCCUAGAGGGAUUAACAAACUGACAACGUUGCACACAUUCGGUGUUGUCAACAUUGGUGCAUCAGGCGGGAAAGCCAUCCUUAAAGAGCUCAAAGAUCUGACUCAAUUGCGCAAGCUCGGAGUGUCUGGCAUCAACAGGAGAAACAGCAAGAAGUUCUCCUCUGCAAUCUCACGCCAUGUCCAUUUGGAAUCCUUGUCGGUGCAGCUGGACAAGGGCAGUCAAAGUUGUUUGUCUGGCAUCGUCCUGCCUUUGAAGACGCUGCAGAGUUUUAAACUGCAUGGGCCUGUGGAGAAGUUGCCAGUUUUGAAGAUCGACGAGCUUAGCAUGCUGACAAAGUUGGAUUUGGAGAUGACCAUAUUGACAGAGGAUGACAUAAAGCUCAUUGGGAGUCUAUCCAAACUAUUCACUCUCCGUAUCAAGCUGCUCCAAGAUAGUAAGGUCCAUUUUUGUGUUAAAGAGGCUGGACUUGAGGUGCCAACUUACCAAAUGGUCAAGGUCCUAGACAUCGGUUUCAACUCAAACUUCGAAGUUACUUUUGGGACAAACACAAUGAGAAGUCUUGAGCUGAUAAAGGCUCACUGCUGCAAUGGUUCUUCAGUGAAGUUCUCCGGCCUGAAUAACGUAACUGAACUCAAGGUACUCUUGCUGAAGGGUUGCUGUGACAACGCACUGAAGGAAGAGCUGGAGAGCCAACUUGCCCAGCAUCCAAACGAACCAGUUUUGGAGCAGGAGGAAUAGCCACGUUUAUCCUGAUGGAUACUGACUGAUUGCUGAUUGGUCAUUGUCAUUGUCCUUGUUCAUUUCUGUUUGUCCCCCCACCCCACGCCUACUACGCGAUCCUGUUGUUUCAGUGGGAAUACAGAUGUGUAACUGUCCUGCGCGUAAGAAAGAAUCAUGCCAAUGAACGCUGGAACUUUGUCAUCAUUUGUUUUAAAUUUCCUUUUUCAUUUUCUUUCUUCUUUUAGAGCAAUACCAUUGUAAUGUUUCAAAAACUCUUUCUCUCUUAUUACUGAAUCGACGCACAAUUCUCAUGCGCGUUCCGAAAAAAAGAGUAAUACGGUUGUACA